AUGCCACAAUACAUUGGAUCGAUCGACCAAGGGACUAGUUCCACUCGUUUUAUGGUGUUUGAUACUGCUGGCCAUAUUAUUGCUUCUCAUCAGACAGAAUUUGCUCAAGUGCUGCCACAAGCUGGAUGGGUCGAGCAUGAUUUGGAAGUCAUUUAUCAGACAGUAGUGACUUGUAUUCAAAAAACAGUUGCUGACAUGUCUGCUAUGGGCUUGCAGCCAUUGGAUAUCAAAGCUAUUGGCAUCACUAAUCAGCGUGAAACUACUUGUGUAUGGGACCGACUGGAUGGCAAGCCGUUACAUCAUGCUAUUGUUUGGCUUGAUACUCGUACUCAGGAUACUGUGGAAAGAUUGAUUGCUGCAACCCCGUCAAAAUCCAAACAUCAUUUCCAGUCAAUCUGUGGUCUCCCACUGUCUACUUAUUUUAGCGCUGUCAAGCUGCGAUGGCUACUGGAUAAUAUUAAAGCUGUUCAAGAUGCCAAUCAAACGGACCGUCUCAUGUUUGGCACAAUUGAUUCGUGGCUAAUUUAUCGUCUCACUGGUGGUGUCCAAGGCGGUAUACAUGUGACUGACGUGACCAAUGCCAGUCGUACUAUGCUACUUAAUCUGAAGAGUCUUGACUGGGAUGACGGAAUGCUUUCUUUUUUUGGCGUGAACAAAUGCUCGUUACCAGCAGUUAAAUCGUCAUCGGAAGUCUAUGGCUUGAUUGCUGAUGGACCGUUGAUGGGAAUUCCGAUUGCUGGCGAUCUUGGUGAUCAACAGGCAGCACUUGUUGGUCAGUGCUGCUUCCACCCGGCAUGGUCAAAAACACCUAUGGCACUGGCUGCUUUAUGCUAUGGUUCGAUAGCAAUUGCUGGUGCUGCCGUCAAAUGGCUUCGUGACAAUUUAGGUAUAAUUUCAGAAGCAUCGCAAGUAAGCGAGUUUGCUGCCAAAGUGCCUGAUACCGCUGGAAUUUAUUUUAUCCCAGCAUUUUCCGGUCUGUUUGCUCCCUAUUGGCGUGACGAUGUUCGUGGAUGUAUUGUCGGUAUGACCCAAUACACCAACAAAUAUCAUAUCUGUCGUGCUGCACUUGAGGCUACUGCAUUUCAAACACGCGAGAUUUUGGAUGCCAUGAACUCUGAUAGUGGUCAGGCUAUUCAGCUCCUACGCGUAGAUGGUGGUCUGACUAAUUCAGAUAUAUGCAUGCAAAUUCAAGCUGACAUUGCUGGUGUUGGCGUCGAUCGUCCAUUGAUGCGUGAAACCACUGCAUUAGGGGCUGCGUUGGCUGCUGGUCUUGCUGUUGGAGUGUGGAAAUCACUCGAUGACUUUUCUCAUGUUAAUCAGUCUGACAUUUUUAAGCCAGCCACUAGUUCUAGUGAUCGUGAGGAGCAACUGGCCGGAUGGAAAAAAGCAGUUCAGAAAUUGUUUUAA